UCUCUCCACCGUCGUCUCCAUUCGUCAUGAACCCUACCAAUGGCGUUCCUCUCCCGCAUUCCAAAAUCGGAAUCUCUACUCCAGAACGUGACUCAAUUCCGAUUCCAAUCUUCUUCUUCUUCAUCUAUCUUCUCACUAAACUCGCUCACUAGCAAACAGAAGAAGAGCCGAGCUACUCUCUCCCUUCUCAAAUCCGAGAAAAAUCCGAAACGGAUCCUCGAAAUCUGCCGGUCCGCUUCUCUCACGCCUGAUUACCACGUCGACCGUAUCGCCUUCUCCGUCGCGGUUGUGACACUAGCGAGAGAGAAACACUUCGCCGCUGUGUCGCAGCUACUCGACGGGUUUAUCCAGAACCAACCCGAUCCCAAAUCCGAGAGUUUCGCAGUCCGUGCCAUUAUCCUAUACGGCAGAGCUAACAUGCUUGAUCGAUCUCUACAUACAUUUCGUAGCCUCGAGCAGUACGAGAUCCCAAGGACGGUGAAGUCUUUGAACGCUCUUCUUUACGCUUGUUUGAUGGCUAAAGAUUACGAAGAAGCGAAUCGUGUCUACCUCGAAAUGCCGAAGAUGUAUGGUAUCGAGCCUGAUGUGGAAACGUAUAAUAGAAUGAUCAGAGUGUUGUGUGAGUCAGGUUCAACGAGUUCAUCAUACUCCAUUGUUGCAGAGAUGGAGAGGAACUGUGUAAAGCCUACAGCUGCUAGCUUCGGGUUAAUGGUUGAUGGUUUUUACAAGGCGGGGAAGUAUGAUGAUGUGAGGAGAGUGUUGAGGAUGAUGGAAAGAUUUGGUGUUCAUGUAGGUGUUGCUACAUACAACAUCAUGAUUCAAUGUUUGUGUAACAGGAAGAAAUCUACUGAAGCUAAGGCGUUGCUUGAUGGUGUGAUCUCUAGUAGGAUGAGACCUAACUCUGUGACGUAUUCUCUCUUGAUUCAUGGGUUUUGCAGUGAGGAGAAUUUGGAUGAAGCUAUGAAUUUGUUCAUUGUUAUGGUUGAUAGUGGGUACAAGCCUGAUAGUGAAUGUUACUUCACUCUGAUUCAUUGUUUGUGUAAAGGUGGAGACUUUGAGACUGCUUUGAUCCUUUGUAGGGAGAGUAUGGAGAAGAAUUGGGUUCCGAGUUUUAGUGUCAUGAAGUGGCUUGUUAAUGGACUAGCAAGUCUUUCUAAGGUUGGUGAAGCAAAGGAGCUCAUUGCACAAGUUAAAGAGAAGUUUACUAGGAAUGUUGAUUUGUGGAAAGAAGUCGAAGCUGCAUUGCCUCAGUGAACAACAAGGAGCACACACACAAAAAAGGUCAUUCGUCUUAUUCAAGUGUAAUUGAGUAAAGAAUCUUGUCAAUCUUGUCAAUCUUGUCAUUGAGGUUAAGUAGUUGGUGUUAUCAAUUUUGUCACUGAAAAGUUUUCAACAUGUUGUUGUAUAUAAAAUGUGCUAAUAGCAAAAAUAGAAAAGCCUUAAAAUC